AUGACCGACUUUGGAAACAACACGCCAGAAGGGUUCAAACUCCCUGAGCAGACUUUCAGCUUCGAUACCCUUGAGAAUCACUUCCUCACACCAUCUGACAUCGGCCUCGCUUCGCACAACAAUGCGUAUACACAAACCCGUUACUCCAGCUCCGACUCCGUCUCCGGUUCGGGCUGCGGGUCGACGUCGGACACCACCGUCUCCGCAACCGUCACUACGCGGCGUAACAAGCCCAUCCCGCGAAAAGGUCACACCAAAUCCCGACGUGGUUGCUAUACCUGUAAACGCCGGAGAGUCAAGUGUUCCGAGAAACUGCCCGAGUGCGACAACUGCACCCGCAUAGGCCUGAUUUGCGAAUAUCCCGAACCGCCCAACCCAUCUGCUCUGUCACGUUUGGUCACUAGAUCAGGAACAGGACAGCAAGCUCGACUGGCCAAUUCUUCACCAGCAAUGAUCCUGCAGCAAAAUCCCACUUCUUUCGCCCCUGUAUUCACCAUGGAAGACCUCCGCUUCUUCCACCACUUCCUAAUUGCCGCUUACCCGCCUCUCCCCGUACAAGCACACAGUGUCUGGGAUAAUGUGGCAGCUUUAUCCCAUGGUUACGACUACCUAGUCCACGCCAUGCUCGGCCUAGCCGCCUCACACCUCUCCCUCGUCACCUCCUCCCCCUCUUCCUUCUGCUCAUCCCGCUCCUCCGGCUCCCAAGCAGCCCUCUCUCAUCGAAUAAAGUCCAUCUCCCUCCUCAACCGCUCCCUCAGCACGCCCUGCUCUUCGCCAGCCGAAGGCGACGCCCGCUUCGCUUCCAUUUUGAUUCUUGCCUUCCAGGCAAGGUGCUUACCGGACGGCAUGACCGAGUUCCUGUCCAUGAUCAGGCUGUGUAGCGUCAUUGCUGGUGCGGGCGAGAACUCGAUUUUCAAGGAUUUGGCGGAGAGAGGGUAUUUGGAUAGCAUGAGGAAGAUGACGGCCAAAACGAAGGCGGAGGAGCUGUCAAGGAAAGGGUUCAUGUUGGAGCCGGAGCAGGAGAGGUUGGUUGAUGGGUUUCUGUCGAGUUUGGGGAGACUUAGGGUCCGGAUACUGGGAACGGGAGGUGGGGAUGAGGAUGGGGAGGAGGAGGGGGGCGUGGGCUCGGGCCUAGACUUGGGCUUGGGCUUGAGCUUGGUGGAAGAAGAACAAGAAAGGGGGAGAGAAUUGCCCAUGAGGAUAUUGGAAGGCUUGGAAGACGCUGCAAAGACGACUAAAGUGUCACCGGCUGAAG